AUGGCGGCGAGUGCAUUGACUGUGAAUGCUGAUACUGAAUCAGACGAUGAAGAAGGGGCUGGGACCCAAGAAUUAGACAACAAUAUCGGUGGAUCCGAUCUGGAAUUGUCUGAGCUGGACUCUGAGAGUGAUGAUGACAUUCCACUCGCCGAUAUCAUCCCGCUAGCGGGCCUCGUAGACCGCGGAGGUGGAGAUGCUGGACACGCCCACAACGAUCGCCGCUGGACAGCUGAUCUGAAACCUAUACAGCUGGAUUUCUUUCACCUGGUUUUCCCUGAAUCCUUGUACGACAAGCUAGCCCAGCAGACCAACACCUAUGCUGCUAAGCGGAUCCGGGAAAAGGCAGACAGCUCGUGGCAGGCAACUUCGCCCACCGAGAUCAAGACCUUCUUGGGGAUUGUGAUUUUUAUGUCACUGCUGGACCUGCCAACUGCAAAGAUGUACUGGUCAUCUGAUUGGAUGUUUCAAACAUCUUUGCCUACCAUAAUGACCAGACUCAGAUUUGAGAAACUCGCACAGUAUUUUCAUCUGAAUGACUCCACGACAAAUCCCCCCAAAGGCAGCGACGGUCACGACAAGCUCCAUCAUGUCAGGCCAGUCUUAGAUACCAUCCAAGGCACUAUAGCAUCCCAGUACCCGUUACACCAGGACUGUGCUAUAGAUGAGGCUAUGAUUGCAUACAAGGGGAGGCUUAGUUUUAAGCAGUAUAUGCCAGCCAAGCCGGUUAGUUUGGGAUCAAGGUGUGGGAGCGGGCGGAUUCCACCAAUGGCUAUGUCGACAAACUCCAGAUUUACACCGGAAGAGCAGGAAAUGAACAAGGCAAGAGAGAAGUUGGACUUGCUGCUCGAGUUGUGACCGACCUGACCAGAGACAUUGUUGGUAGCAGUCGCCACGUAUAUGUUGACAAUUUCUUCUCCAGUCUCCAGCUGUUUUCUGACUUGCUAAAGGAUGGUCUCUAUGCAUGUGGAACAUGUCGAAUCAAUAGAAAGGGGUUCCCGUCUGGUAUCAGUAAGGAGAAUGUU